AUGGGACUCUCAGCGAAGCCAAACCAGUUACCAGACGAACGCGAACAAAAAGCCAGAGCCGACAAGGUUCACGUGAUUGAACUUUUUGAAAUACCAGAUUCCGAUGAGCCUAAUUACAAAGCGCGCUUUCCGUUGAGCAAAGAGGACGAGAAGUAUAUGUCGGCUUGCGUAGAAAAAUGGGACGACGACUACGGUUCUAUGUUCCGGGAUACGAAGGUGAACUACAUGCAGCACACAGAAGCUAAAUUGCGCAAAAUGGGUGCUGUGUUUCUGUCGUUGACACUGGAACAGAGAAGAGCUGACGUUUCCAACACGCAUUGA